ACGCAUCGUCAUCAAUCGAACAUGUACCUGCGAUUCCUGCGAGCCCCACUAGAUGGCGUUACGAUUUUAGUUCCAAAUUCCUCCGCGCGCCGCGCCUCAUGCACUUGCAAAUUCGCUCGACACUUGCGCACACGAUAUAUAACAAAAUUUUGUUUUAUUGUAAACCAAUCGCUGAUUACACGCCUUAUUACUAUCGAAGAAGAUCUUUUAUUCAUCUCCAAACAUAAGUUGGACCUUCAGCGCCGGGUGCAGCGGAAGAAAUCGUUGCGACCAGCAUAAAUCGGACGCACGAACGACGUCACCAGCAAGAACAUCUACGGACCCAUGGUACCAGCAUAAAAAGGUCAGGCCAAUCAUCCUUAUCAAUCCUUAGCCCUUUUCUUUAUUGUGUGCUUCAUUUGUGUUGAUAGUGUUGUAUUGUGUUGUGUUGUGUUGAUACUUAAAUAAUUAAAAACGCGUAAGUUUCUUUCGUCUCGUCGCUACCCUCAACUUAAAAAUAUAAAAAUAUCCUUUGUUAAUCUUAAGUACAAAAUAACGGUUUCCACUGCCUUCCACAAACUACAAAAUGACUAGAACUCCAUCAAAGGAAAGUCGUAGCAGUAGUGAAGAGUUAAUUAAAGAUUUAAACAAAAGAAGAGGUGUUGUUCGCGGUAAAUUUAGACUAUUCAUGAAAUAUGUGGACUCGGUAGAAGUAAUGACUACGACUGAAACCAUAAAAUCAGAAUUACAAACUCGUUUACAAAAAGUAGACUUACUACUAGAGCAAUUUACAGAAAUUCAGGAUGAAAUAGACUUAAAAAUACCUGAUAGUCAAGUAGAAAAAGAACUAUCUGAGAGGGAAUCUUUUGAAACCAAUUACUACGCUUAUGUGACCAAAGCUAAGUGUAUUAUUAACGCAGAUGAUGUUCAAAACAGUUCAAAAAUUUUUAGUAAAGUUAAAUUGCCUACAAUUUCACUUCCAUCCUUUGACGGAUCUUAUGAUCAUUGGUUGGAGUACCGCGAUACUUACCUUUCUCUAGUACAUAACUCUAAAGAAAUAGAUAAUGUGCAAAAAUUCCAUUACCUACGAUCUUCUCUUUCUGGCAGUGCAUUAUUGGUUAUUAAAUCCUUAGAAUUCUCCUCAGAGAAUUACAAUGUAGCAUGGGAGUUAUUAGAAAACAGAUUCAAUAACAACCGUUUACUUGUGCAAACCCAUGUUAAAGCUUUAUUCUCUAUGACGUCGCUUAAUAAGGAAUCACCUAAUCAAAUUCGUAAACUCAUUGAUACCGUUCUCAAAAAUCUACGUUCCCUCAAAAACCUCGGCGAACCAACUGAGUCGUGGGACACGUUGAUUAUUUAUUUAAUUACAUCUAAACUAGAUUCUGUUACUGAACGAGAAUGGGAGACUCACAAAAGUUCAAUUAUAAAUAGUCAAAAUCAGUCAAUUUCACGUACAAGGGUUGAUGAUUUAAUAACGUUUCUUAAAAAUCGGGCUGACGUACUGGAAACUAUUAAUUUUGCACAUAGUAAAUCAUACACAGAUAAUAACAUAAAAAAACCGUCACAGUCACAACAAUCAAACAAAUCACAUAGUUACACAUCAACACAAAAUAAACAACCUAAUAAUAAAAAUUCCAAACGUCCUCGUAUUUGCGCUAUGUGUCAAGCUAAUCAUCCGCUUUAUUCUUGCGAGUCAUUCUUAAAAUUAAAUAUUAAUGAUAGAAUAAAAUUCGUUAAUGAAAAGAAGUUAUGUUGCAAUUGUUUACGCGCUAAUCACUCGGCAGAUGAGUGUUGGUUUGGUCCGUGUAAGCAAUGCAACAAAAAACACAACAAUCUACUUCAUGAUAAAUGUGACGAUAGCGCGAGUGUAUCCACCUCGCCAGUCGUUGCGCAUAAUUCUCAGGCAUCGUCACAGAAUACAACUAGUGGUAAGUCUUUACAUACUGCCACAUUACAUUCUGCAUCUCAUACGACACAUCAGAGCACUACUCAUUCAUUAUUAGAGACUGUCCUGCUGUCUACAGCUUUAGUUGAGGUUGCAGAUAAAAGCAAUAACUAUCACACUACUCGCGCUUUACUAGAUAAUGGUAGUCAGCAUUCCUUUAUAGCGGAAUCAUUAUGUAAACGACUUAAACUCAAUUUAAUACAGUCCACUGUGCAAGUCUCCGGAGUAGGUAACUCGGUGACUAAUUCUACACAAUCUUGUGAAAUUAAUUUGAGAUCUAAAACUACACAAUAUAACACACGCAUGAAGUGUUUAGUUUUGAAUCAAAUAACAGCUCAAUUACCAUGUUUAGGUACAACUUCAAACAUAAAUAUCCCUGAUCAUGUACAGUUAGCUGAUUCGGAAUUUUAUUCGCCAUCAGAAAUCGAAUUAUUAAUUGGGGCAGAUAAAUUCUGGGAACUUUUAACUGAUGGACUGAUUCGCCUAAGUAGUGGUCCAUAUCUUCAGAAUACUCAGUUAGGAUGGGUAAUAUCUGGCCCAUUGCUGAAUAAAAAAACUUCACGCAACAAUCGAGUUCAAUGCAAUUACUCACAAUCAUUAGACGCUCAACUUAGGAAAUUCUGGGAGCUAGAAGAACUACCUCCGCAAAAUAAAUUAACUAAUGACGAGUCUUUGUGUGAAAACUUGUUUUUACAAACUACGUACCGCGAUAACACGGGUCGGUUUUUUGUGCGCAUUCCAUUAGCCGAGCCCAGCGAUACACUGGGAGAUACGUAUGCGCUCGCACUUAAUCGCUUUCACGCACUUGAACGAAAAUUAGAUAAAUCUACGCCUGAAUAUAAAAGGUUAUAUUGUGAUUUCAUGAAUGAAUAUUUGAGUUUAGGUCACAUGAGUCGAGUCAAUUCUUAUCCAUCACCAAAUUAUUUUCUACCGCAUCACGGUGUUUUAAGAAUUCAUAGUAGCACUACGAAACUUAGGGUUGUUUUUGAUGGUAGUGCGAAGUCAACUUCGGGUAAAUCGCUUAACGAUAUUCAGCAUAUUGGCCCUAGUUUACAUAAUGAUCCAGUCACAAUACCGCGUCUUGAGCUGUGCGGAGCGUUAGUUGGUGCCAAGCUGUAUCAAAAAAUUGUUCAGUCAUGGAGAUUGAAAUUUAACCACAUAUAUUUUUGGUCUGACUCAAUGAUUGUCAUAAAUUGGAUUAAAAUGUCACCUAAUUUGUUAAAAACGUUCGUGCAGAACAGAGUCGUGCAAAUCAACGAACUGACUGGUGAGUUGCCGUGGUUACAUGUUGCUGGUAAAGACAACCCGGCUGACCUCUUAUCUCGCGGGCUCACGCUCGACGCGCUUCAAAGUACAGAUAUUUGGUGGCACGGGCCAGCAUUUUUAAAGGAUAUGCACAUGAAUUUUAAAUAUGACAACCAGAAUGAAAUUAUAAAUUUAAACGAUUUACCAGAAAUGAAAUCAAAGGUUUUAUUUACACAGUCGACUUAUACUAGUAUUUUUAUUUUCGAACGUUUUUCAAAUUUUAAUCGCAUGAGACGUGCAGCCGCUUACGUGUUACGAUUCAUUAAUAAUGCACGAAUUAAAAGUAAAACGGAACGUAGCAUUGGUCCGUUAACGGCUGAUGAAUUAAAUAAAUCAACGUUAGUUUUAGUACGCUUAGCACAACAUGCAUCAUUUGCAGACAUUUUGAAUCAAUUGAUAAAUAACUUACCUGUAAAGUCGAUGAGAAACAUAUCUAGUCUUGAUGUGUUCUUGGAUUCUGAUCGCAUUAUAAGAGUGGGAGGUAGAUUAGUAAAUUCACGCACCUUCCCAUACAGUAAAAAACACCCUAUAUUGUUAUGUUCAAAACAUACCUUCACGCGACUACUUUUUCAAUUUGAACACAAACGUCUACUCCAUGCUGGUCCACAGCUUCUCUUGGCUACUAUCAGAGAGAGUUGGUGGCCACUCAGGGGUCGUGAUUUAGCUAAGCAGACGGUACAUAAGUGCAUUAUAUGUACUCGCCAGAAAGGGAAGGCACUAUCAGUAAAAAUGGGUAACUUACCCUUUGAGAGAUUGGAACCGGGGUAUCCUUUCUUGCGCUGCGGUGUGGAUUAUGCGGGACCUAUGUUUAUAUUGAAUCGGAAGGGAAGGGGUUCAAAACUUGAAAAAUGUUAUGUGUGCCUAUUCAUAUGCUUUACCACUCGAGCGAUACAUCUAGAAUUGGUCACAAGUUUAACUUCUGAGGCGUAUUUACUUGCUUUAAAAAGGUUCCUAUGUCGUCGCGGAAAACCCGCUUAUAUAUUUUCCGAUAACGGAAAAACAUUCGUAGGCGCACUCAAGGAAUUUUCAGAUUUUUUAAAUCAUAGUGAAAAUGAUAUUUUAAAUUUUGCAGCAAAUGAAAAUAUUAAGUUUAGCUUUAUACCUCCGUACUCCCCACAUUUUGGAGGUUUGUGGGAGGCAGGGGUCAAAUCUUUUAAAUAUCAUCUCCGUCGCGUAGGAAACGUUAACCUCACGUAUGAGGAAUUUUCAACAUUAUUAGCACAAAUUGAAGCCCUCCUCAACUCCAGACCUAUGUAUCCCAUGUCUUCAGACCCAAACGACCUACUCCCUCUUACACCAGCCCAUUUUCUGAUUGGCCGGCCGCUCACUGCACCUGCCUGCGAAGACCUCACAGCUUCGAAUACAUCACGCCUGGUCCGCUACGAGCGCAUCGAACAAAUGAGGCAAAAUUUUUGGAAACGCUGGUCGCAGGAGUACGUUUCGGAACUGCAGACAAGGACCAAAUGGCAGUACAACACCGGCACAAUAGCACCCAAUACAUUAGUGCUCAUCAAAGAUGACAAUUUGCCACCCUUAAAAUGGCGUCUUGGACGAGUCAUAACCACUUUCCCUGGGAAGGAUGGACUAGCACGUGUAGCUGACAUCAAAACAGCUAACGGAGUAAUACGACGGUCAUACCCCAGAUUGUGUCCGCUACUACAGGAGGAAGAACCUUAACUUCUCCCAACUUCUACUUCUGCGUUGGAGGCUGUCACUCCAAGGCGGGCGGCAUGUCUACGCAUCGUCAUCAAUCGAACAUGUACCUGCGAUUCCUGCGAGCCCCACUAGAUGGCGUUACGAUUUUAGUUCCAAAUUCCUCCGCGCGCCGCGCCUCAUGCACUUGCAAAUUCGCUCGACACUUGCGCACACGAUAUAUAACAAAAUUUUGUUUUAUUGUAAACCAAUCGCUGAUUACACGCCUUAUUACUAUCGAA